AUGAAAUACUCAUUAACUACACUCGGCGCUUAUGGCUUUUGUCUACUCAUUUCAACAGUUUUUGGUAGCCCAUUAACUUCAACAUCUGCGCAUUCUGUUAAUCUCAAUACCCUUCUUGCUGCCCCUCUGCCACCAAACGAUAUCGAUAUCACAAAAGCCCACCCUCUAAACAAUUACAACAUGAUCGGGAAUGAGUCAUGGGUCAUCACAGAGCACCCUUCACUAGGCCUACACUGGAUAUACCACAAUGAGACGCAGAGUCCUCUCGAGACACGCAAUGAUCCAACUAGGUUUGGCUUUAGUUAUGAGGCGUCAACUCAAAUGGACGGCCAAGCACCAUCUAGUUCAUCCUGCAACAAUUACAUCACCUCAUUCAGCAACUCGGGCAACUGCUUGAACGUUGGGAGUCAGAUCGCGGGCGGUUCCACUAACCCAAAUGGAAUGGGAGCAAUUUCUGUUUUCACAGAGUCUGACGACGAUCAUUACCGAAUUAAUGUCUAUGGUCCGCCAUGGUCAGCUCCUGAGACGGGGCAAAGUUUAUGCCAGCAGUUUAUAUACGCCCUGAGAGAUAUUUCGUGCUUUAUGGUGCAAGGGGCCACCGUUUACGCAAUUCUCCCUUACUAUACGUCUUAGGAAGGUGGACCGUACGGGCAGUUUAAGUUACGGUUCACAUGCGGUGAUGCCUAAUAUCUGGUUUAAUGCCUGCUACUAUAGGCAUCCCUCAUGUAUUUAGAUUCCCUCCC